UACACACACAGUCUGCACAACAAACUCGUACACACUAAAUACACACACUUUCUCUCUCUUCAUUACAAGCUACGAAUCUCUCUCUCUCUCUCUCUCUCUCCAUCUGUCCCUUUCUUUAAUGGCGAUGCCUCUAACUACUGACCGCAACAACUACUACUUCUGCUUCUUCUGCUGCUUGUCUUUCUUUUCUUCUUCAUCUUCUUCUUCUUCUUCGUUUUGGCUUGCUCGUGGAAGAUGCUCCAUCAUGCGCUGCGCCGCACCUGAUCGUCGCAUGUGAACACUGCAAUAUAGAGAAUGGCUAACGAGAGUAGAGAUUUUUCGGUUUUCCUUACUCUGCUUGUGUUACUCGCUUCGACUUCUUGCGUCUCUCUUGUUCAUGGCGUUACUGAUGCUUCAGAUGUUCAAUCUCUUCAGGUUAUGUACACUUCAUUAAACAAUCCUUCACAACUAACAAAUUGGAAAAGCACUGAUGGUGAUCCUUGUGGAGAGGCAUGGAAAGGAGUUACCUGCGAAGGUCCAUCUGUUGUUUCAGUUGAGGUUUCUGGUUUAGGACUCAAUGGAACCAUGGGAUACUUGCUCUCUGGUCUUAUGUCAUUAAGAAAACUCGAUUUGAGUGACAACAGCAUUCAUGACACAAUCCCUUAUCAGUUGCCGCCGAAUCUUUCCAGCCUAAAUCUUGCUCGGAACAAUCUAAGCGGGACCCUUCCUUAUUCCAUAUCUACCAUGGUUGCUCUUUCUGAUUUGAACAUAAGCCAUAAUUCCAUUUCUCAGUCAACUGGAGACAUUUUUGCCACUCUUGCUAACCUCAAAACUUUGGAUCUGUCGUUUAACAACUUCACUGGAGAUCUUCCAGCUUCUUUUAGUGCAUUGUUUAAUCUUUCUGCACUCUAUAUGCAAAACAAUCAAUUGACUGGUUCUCUUAAUGUCCUUUUGGGCUUGCCACUGACUACUCUAAAUGUUGCAAACAAUAAUUUCAGUGGAUGGAUACCUCACGAGCUUAGGUCAAUACCGAAUUUUAUAUUCGAUGGAAACUCUUUUGACAAUGGUCCUGCUCCUCCUCCACCACCAUUUACCCCACCUCCACAUCAUAGACCUCAUAGCAAUCAUGAUCAUUCUGGAUCUGGUUCACAUACACCCCCGGCUUCUGGAGGUCAAUCAUCUGAUUCAGAGAACGGAUUGUCAGUCGGAGCUAUUGUGGGGGUUGUUCUGGGUUGUGUAUCUGUUUUUCUCUUUGCACUAUUUGUUCUAAUCUUUUGCAUUCGGAAGAAGAAAAGGAAGAUAAUUGGUGCCAGAACUUCCCUGGGAAGUCUCUCUCAUGGCUCAACUAACGUGAAUAGUGACAUGCAAGAGCAGAGGGUUACAAGUGUGGCUGCUAUUGCAGAUCUAAAACCUCCACCUGCAGAGAAAGUUAUGGUUGAGAGGGUAACAAAAAAUGGAUCUGCAAAGAGAAUGAAAUCACCUAUAACCACUGCUUCCUAUACUGUUGCUUCUCUCCAAACAGCAACGAAUAGCUUCAGUCAGGAAUUCCUUAUUGGUGAAGGUUCCCUUGGUCGUGUUUAUAGGGCAGAGUUUCCAAAUGGAAAGACAAUGGCAAUAAAGAAGAUUGACAAUGCAGCUCUCUCACUACAAGAGGAAGAUAAUUUUCUUGAAGCUGUUUCAAAUAUGUCACGCUUGAGGCACCCAAAUAUUGUCACGUUGGCAGGAUACUGCGCAGAGCAUGGCCAGCGUCUUUUGGUUUAUGAAUAUAUAGGAAAUGGAAGUCUACAUGACAUUUUGCACUCUGCUGAGGAUGGAAGCAAAAUUCUCACUUGGAAUGCUCGUGUUAGGGUAGCACUUGGGACUGCUCGGGCGUUAGAGUACUUGCAUGAAGUUUGCUCUUCUGUUGUACAUAGAAACUUCAAGUCAGCAAAUAUUUUGCUCGAUGAAGAGCUCAAUCCCCGCUUAUCAGACUGUGGUUUGGCUGCUCUAACGCCAAAUACAGAGCGGCAGGUUUCAACACAGAUGAUUGGGUCAUUUGGUUAUAGUGCCCCUGAAUUUGCUUUAUCAGGAGUAUACACUGUAAAAAGUGAUGUGUACAGCUUCGGGGUUGUGAUGCUGGAGUUAUUAACUGGUCGGAAGCCACUGGACAGUUCAAGGGUAAGGUCAGAGCAAUCACUUGUAAGAUGGGCCACUCCGCAACUACAUGAUAUAGAUGCAUUGGCUAAAAUGGUUGAUGCUGCACUUAAUGGCAUGUAUCCUGCCAAGUCCUUGUCACGUUUUGCUGACAUCAUUGCCCUGUGUGUUCAGCCGGAACCUGAAUUUCGACCUCCCAUGUCUGAAGUUGUGCAAGCAUUGGUAAGAUUAGUGCAAAGAGCUAGUAUGGUCAAAAGGCGAUCCAAUGAUGAAUCAGGGUUUGCAUACAAGACUCCGGAUCACGAGGCAAUUGAUAUGUCCUUUUAAGACUCCCUAGCCUAAUAAUUUUGGAGGUAAUGCAUCCAGUUUGUACACAACUAUGCUACCAACUAUGGGAAAUAAAAGAAGAUUGCACCAUUCAAGGAAAGAUAGAAAAAGGUACCAACUCGUCAAGCGAAAGCUAUGUAAUUACAUCAGAUACAUGUUUGCGAAUUAUGUUUUCUAGAAUGCGAAUCAGGGUAAAUAUUUAGCUGGAGAUAACACUGCUAUAUCUUGUAAUAUGAUAGUUUCAUUGAAUAUCUUGAUGGACAUUCAAGAUGUUUUGCAGCAUAAUAAAACAUUUUUCAGUUGAUUAAA